AUGGCCGUCAUUCCUAGUCCUCUCACGAACCUUGAGGUACCGGGCACUAAAUUCGAGGGGAAUGAUCUGUACAAUGUGCGGAAAGCGGUUGCAACACUAUUGGAUCAAAAGAAUCUACGUUUUCCAGGUGCUCAACCUGUGAGCUUUGCCAGAAAACAUCUCGAAGAACUCACAAGGGAAGACUACUAUGUCUGCGAAAAGUCGGAUGGCAUGCGAUACCUCCUUUACCUCACCGAAGACCCUGGCGGCCGCGAAGCACACUUUCUGAUCGAUCGAAAGAACGACUUCUGGUACGUGCCAUUCGAGAAGUUACAUUUUCCUAUACCAAAAAAUACCGCUGGAUACCAUAUAAACACGAUCAUUGAUGGGGAGUUGGUCAUGGAUAAAGUGCCCGGAGGCGGUACUCAAGCCAAAUAUUUGGUGUUCGAUUGUAUGGUGCUUGAUGGAAACAGCCUGAUGAACAGAACGCUUGACAAGCGAUUAGCUUACUUCAAGGAGCGCGUAAUGGAUCCAUAUUUACAGCUUCUCCAAGACUUCCCUUCGGAGAAGCAAUUUCUUCACUUCAUCAUGGAAAUGAAAUCAAUGCAGCUUGGUUACGCGAUUGACAUGAUGUUCAAUCAAGUUCUUCCAAACCUUGCCCACGGUAAUGACGGUCUGAUCUUCACUUGCCGGACAAGCGAAUACAAACAUGGGACUGAUCCACACAUCCUCAAAUGGAAGCCUGAAAAUGAGAACAGUAUUGAUUUUCGACUGAGACUUGAUUUUAAGUUAAUUCAACCGGAUGAGCAGGACAGGGCGGAGGGUAUCACAGAGCCAUAUUAUGACUAUGACAGUCAGCCAACUUGCAAUCUCUUCAUAUUUGAAGGAGAUGGUCGUGAGGAUAGCUGGGGUGGAGAGUUGGUUCUUGCCGAGGGAGAAUGGGAGAUGCUGAAAUCACAAGGUCACCCAUUACAAGACCGCAUUGUGGAAUGCUAUAAGGAUGACAAGAAACAAUGGCGCUACAUGAGGUUCAGAGACGAUAAGGAGAAUGCAAAUCAUAGGAGUACAGUGCAAAGCGUGAUCGAGAGUAUUGAAGAUCGAGUCACAAAGAAAGAUCUCGCCGAAGCUGCUCCGAGGAUCCGAGAGGAAUGGAAAAGACGAAUGGCAAAGGAGAGAGAGAAAGUACGUGCAACCUCGACAGGAGCAAUUACCAACACACCAAUGGGUGUGGGUGUAAAGAGGAAAGCAGAUGAGCAAGGAGCUGCGAGACCAAGUCCCGGGCCUCCUGCGGAAAAGAAACUUUGA